ACUGAAGUCACAACGGUUUUUAUGACCCUUUCUUCUUCUUACCACACAAAAGCACAAAUUCAAAAUAGCGGGAGCAGAGAGAAGAAACCCCUUUUUAAGGCGAAAAUAAUGGAGAGUAAGGAGGAAGUUAUUUCUGUUGAGCUUCCUGCACCUGCUUCUUGGAAGAAAAUGUUUUUCCCCAAGAAAGCUGGUUCACCAAGGAAGACCGAGGUCGUGUUCAUUGCACCAACUGGGGAGGAGAUUAGUAACAGGAGACAGUUGGAGCAGUACCUAAAAGCACACCCCGGUAAUCCACCAAUAAAGGAGUUUGAUUGGGGUACCGGUGAGACCCCUAGAAGAUCGUCAAGGAUCAUUGAAAAGGCCAAGGCUACUCCAACACCGGAAAAGGAAACCCCAAAGAAGCGAGUCCGAAAAUCAUUGAGUGCUAAGAAGGAAGAAAAGGAAACAGAGGCCAAUCCUGUAAAAGCCGAAGGUGAGAAAGAAACUGAUGCCAAGAUGGAGGAAGCUGGGCAAGAAGAAGCCGGUAAGGAUGUUAAGGUUCCAGAAACUGCAGAGGCUGACAAAAAAGAAGAUGCCGCUGGGAUUGAAGAAUCCCCGACUCCAAUGCAGGUUCAAGAGAAACCUGCCGAAGAUGGGAUUCAAACUGAAAAGGAAAAGGAGGAAGCCCCUACAGAAAAUGUGCCAGAAACUCAGGCAGAGACAGAGAAUGGUAAAUGUGAGAAACAACCAGAAAAUACGGAAACUGUGAUGCUGGGAGCUAACGGGGGAGUGGAGAAAGAGAAUCCAAAUGUAGAAGUCCCUAUAUCCGAGGGAGAAGCCGAAGAGAAACAAUGUUUACAGGUAGAGGAAAAGGGCAAGGCAGUAGAUGCAGAGAUGAUCGAAAAUGGUAAGGUUAAAGAAAGUGAACAAGCUAAUACUACACCACCUAGAGGAGCUGCCGCUCCUGUGAGCAGCUAAAUAAUCCAAAUCCUAGUUGUAUUUGUCUGUGUAACCUCUGUGAUUCCAUGGAUGACUGUAACAUUAAUGAUGUUUCUGCUAGAUUUGGUUGUCAGUGGGAUAACAAUCAACCUGUAUCCCUGUAAGAAGUAGGUACAAGCACUGCAACUUUUGU